GUUGUGAUGCGAGUAUUUUGCUUCCGCUAUACAAAGUAUCCCAAGUGCAAAUGGCACAUUUCCAAGUGAUGCGCACAUAACAAACGUCGAAGUCUCACGAUCAUGAAGCCUGUUGCCUUGGCGCUUUUUCUUUUAGUCGCUAGCUGUGCCUCAGCAGUUCGGGACGACAUCUGCUUCUUGCCUCAUACAAGAGGGCCCAUCCAAUGCUUGGCCUACAUACCCAUGUACACCUUCAACAGUGGAACUGGUCGUUGCGAGUCGUUCGUGUACGGAGGCUGUCGAGGAACUGCCAACCGGUUUCCCACAUUGGGAGAUUGUGAAGAACGAUGCGGAGGGCCGAACGACUUGAGAAGGACGUGAGAGAGAUUCCAUGUAAUGACCAUGAUCCUUUACUGAAACAAAUGCGAUGCUCUAAUAAACAGCAUACGUAUA